AUGAAUCCGUCAGGUAAAGAUGGGUGGCAUCCGGCUGGUGGCCCGCAGCCUCACCAUGUAGACCAGAUGGGCCAGCAGUCAGCGCGGCCCGUGGGUGCUUUUGGGCAAAACACUCCCUUGGAUGAUCCGGCGUCGAAACAGCCGUCGCGAACCCUUCCUCCGCCGCAAGGUCCAUAUCAUUCCGCAAGCCAGUCAAGUCACUCUCUGCCGACUCUUGCGGAUCUCACCCAGGGCGCCUCAGCUGCUCCUCCAUCACACCAGCAGCAGCAGCAGCAACAACAACAACCUCCGCGUUAUAGCCAACAUCAGCAACAACCUCUAGGACGAGGUCACGCACUGCCCGGUAUCGGUCAGUCGAUCCAGCAUACCUCGCCCCCAUCGUCGAUAAGUCAUGACCGUGACCGUGAACGUGAACGUGAACGCGAACGCAGGCCUCGUCAGAGGGAGAUGGACAUGCUUGAGCUCGAACGAGAGAUGGAAAGGGAAAACGAGAUGCGUGAACGAGAGCGUGAAAUGGCUGAUAGGUAUCAUCGUGAACAGCAGCAGCAGCAGCAGCAUCCGGUACAGAGCCACACCGGUUCCAUCCCCAUUCACCAGCCAGUCGCCUCAAAGGUUCCUAGUUCCAUCCAUGGGCCCAAUGGGCUGCUAUCGAACCUGGGUUCGGCAACCAGCGCGCCACAGCCGUCCAUUCAAGCUUCAAACCAGCCUUCUAACCUGUUUGGAAGCUCCAUGCAACACAGUGAAGGUCCACCUCGCCAGUAUCUCCAACCCUCGCAGCCGAUUCUGUCUUUCAACUCCGGCCCUUCGCAGGUUCCAGGGAGUGUUGCAGCUUUGGCCCAGGGCCAGCAGCCCAUAUUAAAUGAUGCUCUCAGCUAUUUGGACCAGGUCAAGGUCCGCUUCGUCGAGCAGCCCGAAGUAUACAACAGGUUCCUCGAUAUCAUGAAGGAUUUCAAGAGUCAAGCUAUUGAUACUCCUGGUGUGAUCCAGCGCGUUUCGACUCUCUUCAAUGGACACCCUGCUCUGAUUCAGGGUUUUAAUACCUUCCUGCCGCCUGGCUACCGCAUAGAAUGCGGAACAGACGAUAACCCGGAUGCGAUUCGCGUCACCACCCCCUCAGGGACAAAUACCAUCUCCAUGCAAUCAGCUUCGCGGCCUUCGCUAGGGGCGCCUGAAGCAGCUGGUCCCACAGCAGCCUCUGCUCCCCCCUCACGCCCAGAGUAUUACGAUCAACCACGCAGUGCAUGGCAGCAUGGUCAUGUCCAGCAGCAGCAACAGCAGCAGCAGGGCCAUCCGCCAGGCGCUGCAGGCUCAUACUCACCCAAGUCGCAGCACAUGGCUACCGGAAUGUACGGACAACAGCAGCAGUCUCGACAUAAUUCAUCGCAGGACACGCAGUAUGAUUACCAGGCCCAACAUGACCAACAAACUCCCAGUGAUGCAGCGGCAAUGGCUCAUCAACAAGAACAGCGAGGCGUCUCACAGCUGCAGAAUGCGGUCUCUGUAGCCACUGCCGCAGGGCGGCAACCAAUGGUGCAGCUUCCGCCAGGUUCUCAUACACCUGGUCCCUCGCAGCCGAUGAACUCCCUUGCUGGUGGUAUUGGGCCUUCUGGCGUUCUUCCCGGUCAAGUCGAUGCCGCAAAGCGUGGACCCGUCGAGUUUAACCAUGCCAUUAGCUAUGUUAAUAAAAUUAAGAACCGCUUCUCCGACUCACCUGAGAUAUACAAACAAUUCCUCGAAAUAUUACAAACAUAUCAACGCGAAUCCAAACCCAUUCAGGACGUGUAUACUCAGGUCACUCACCUCUUCGGAGCUGCUCCUGAUCUCUUGGAGGACUUCAAACAAUUCCUACCAGAAUCUGCAGCCCAGGCAAAGGCUCAAGCUACCACCUCGAACCGUCAGUCACAAGAAGAGGUUCCCAUACUCAGCAAUGUGCGCGGAGAACCUAGUUAUGGUACUUCAGGACUCCCACAACCUCAAAUGUCGAGAGGUGAUGUCAAAAUGCCGCCCCUAGGACAAUUUAACGUAAAGGAUUCGAACAAGGAGAAUAAGAAGCGGCGUGGCGCACCAGGUGCCGGGGCUGUCGGAGGUGGAAUGCCGGGCAUGCCUCCCGCUGUUGGUGAUAUGAACGGCAACCAGAUGAACAAGAAUGCCUCACAGCAGAUGGGCAUGAACAAGCGAACAAAGCUAAGCCAUAAACCAUCUGCUGCUGACUCCCAGCCUGCUAUUUCACCAACACUCGUUCCAGCAUUGCCUGAACCGAUCCCUCCAAGCUUCUCGCUCACCCCCUCACACGAAGAGUAUGCCUUCUUUGACCGUGUGAAAAAAUUCAUCGGCAACAAACAAACUUUCGGCGAAUUCCUCAAGCUCUGCAACCUUUACUCUGCAGACCUCAUUGACCGCAAUGUCCUCGUUAACCGUGCCGCCGGCUUCAUUGGCGCCAACCAAGAAAUCAUGUCUUGGUUCAAACGCUUCAUGCACAUUGAGCCGAAAGACGAGCUCAUCGAACCCAAGGCCAAGCCUGAUUCGGGAUCUGUCAACCUUUCUCACUGCCGCGCAUUGGGGCCUAGCUAUCGUCUCUUACCCAAGCGUGAACGCCAAAAGGCUUGCAGUGGUCGUGACGAGUUAUGUAAAAGCGUGCUGAACGAUGACUGGGCCUCCCAUCCGACAUGGGCAUCAGAAGACUCCGGCUUCGUUGCACAUCGCAAGAAUCAGUAUGAAGAUGCACUGCACCGUAUUGAAGAAGAUCGCCAUGAUUACGACCACCAUAUCGAAGCUUGUAUUCGUACUAUUCAGCUCCUGGAGCCCUUGGUACAACAGAUCUCGCUUAUGAAUGAUAGCGAGAGGGCAUCAUUUAAGCUACCACCUGGCCUUGGGGGGCAGAGCGAAACCAUUUACCGAAGGGUCAUCAAGAAGAUAUAUGACCGCGAACCCGGUCAGAGGGUAAUCGAGGAAAUGUUUGCUAGGCCAUGCAUCGUAUUACCAAUUGUCCUUGCAAGGCUGAAGCAGAAAUGCGAAGAAUGGAAAGCCACACAGCGUGAAUGGGAUAAGGUAUGGCGUGAGCAGAUGCAGAAGGGCUUUUGGAGAAGUUUGGAUCACCAGGCCAUCAUUAUGAAGGGUAAUGAUAAGAAGCUGUUCUUAACCAAACAUAUCCAGCAUGAGAUACAGACCAAGUUUGAAGAGGGAAGGAAUCGUCGCAGAAGUGGAAUUCAAGUCCCCAACUAUCAGCUUGACUUCGCCUUCGAGGACUCGGAAGUUGUACUUGAUGCUGCUCACCUGCUGCUCUGCUAUCUGGACCACAGUUCUGCUGGCUUCGGCGCCGAUCCACAGCGCGUUAUGGCUUUCAUUAAGGAUUUUAUUCCCGUAUUCUUCGGAAUAGAUCGUGAAGCUUUCAAAAACUAUCUGUCUGAAGUAUAUGACAGCACAUCCGCAAGCGAGGAUGCCGAUGACGAGAGCUCACCGGAUGAGGCGCCAAUCAGACCAAAACGCAUCACAAGUGGAAAGAAAUUUGAGCUUCUUCGUGAAGUUCUCAACAGACAUGCAGAUAGGUCUAAUAGACCGGAACUAGACCUCAGAGCCGGAUCAGCAGCAGCUAGCCGAGCUUCAACUCCUAUAUCGAUGAAUGAUUCAACACCCGCCCCACGUUCAGGUGAUAACUUUGAUAUUGCGGAGUUGCGAUGGAUGGAUCAUCCUACCCGCGGCAACUUCCAUCAGAAACGUGAAUACCCCCUAAACGAGCCCUACAAGAAGAAAAUACACCAUUUCUACUGCAACCUGAACAUUUACUGCUUCCUGUACACCUUUGAGAUUCUUUAUCGUCGUCUUCUGAAUGUGAAGCAGUAUGAAAAGGAGGCUCACGAAGCUGUUCGUCGCGCCAUGGCACCAAAGGCCGCCCUAGAGCUAGGCAUGAUUGAUAAAACGCCAUCUGACCUUCUUUAUGACACUGAUCCAAAAUCCAAUCUGUACCACCAAAUCAUCCGCAUGUGUGAAGAGGCAAUCACGGGCCAAAUGGAGCUAUCGCAUCUUGAAGAAACCCUGCGCCGCUUCUACAUGAAAAAUGGAUGGCAACUCUAUCAACUUGAUAGGAUUUUGGGUGGUAUCGCAAAGUACGCUGGUGGCGUGUUCAACAGCGAUGUCAAGGAUAGGACAUCCGAUGUCAUCAAUCUAUUUUACAAGGAGCGAGAGAAAGAGGAGACAACUCAUAACCAGGAACUCCAGUAUCGCAAACAGGUCGAACGAUUGAUCAAAGAGGGGGAUAUCUAUCGCAUUACCUUUGUUCCCGCUACAAAACAUGUUCUGGUCCAGCUUCUAACCCCAGAUCAGAGCACCCUGGAAAGUGACGGCCUCGGCCAUGAAGCCCGAUGGUCUUACUACGUCUCAGCCUAUACCAUGAGAGAUCCCACCGAAGGAGUGGUGUACUCAGACAUGCGCAUGCCAUUCCUGAAACGUAACCUCCCGCCAAAAAUGGGCUCCGAUGAGGAGUACAAUAACUUCUACAAGCCCCUUGUCCAUCAUGACGGUCUAGUCAUCCGCAUCUGCGCUAACAGCUACAACAUCUUGUAUGAGACUGGCACUCAGGAUUGGUGGUAUCGCCACGAAACAAACAAGGAGUCUCCGGCUAUCGAGGGCAUGAGAGAGUACGCAAGUCUGAAAGAGAAGCGCAGAGACAGAUUCAGAGGAAAAUUUGUGAACAACCCGACUUGGGCUCGUGGGCUAAGCAAAGAUGAGGUUGACCGGUCAAACCAGCAAUUCAGAACCUGGGUUGGCGCUGUGACUGAGGAUAACGCACGAGCUUCUUCUGCUGCUGCGGAUACCGCAGCGGAUUCCAAAUCUGAUGAUAAAGCCACCUCUGCUGGCCGCGAGAAAGAUGCUGAUGCCAGCAAAGUGAAGAAUGAGGCACCGGCAGACGAGGACCAGGAGAUGGGCGACGCCGAUGCUGACCCUGCUAAAGCAGCAUAA